ACUCCCAUCCAGCUGGCGGCGCUGUUGUGUUUCUGGGUUCGUCAGCAACUAGAACAAAGAACGUCCUAAGAUUCCUUGACUAGAACACGGAAGUAGGAUUGGUAACGAGUUAUUUUUUCUGUUCCUUGUGUGGUGUAAAGAAAUACAUACUGACUCAACUAAAUAGGCUACCCAUCUCUAAUUUGACAGAAAAUGUCUAAACUACAGAUGUUGUGUGUGUUUUUAAAUGAGCGUUUAUCGGCGGCUGCUGUGGAUAUUUUCGGGGCAGUUGAGAAAACGGUAGGAGAAUACCAGGAGGAGAAUGAUCGGCUACGGAGACUGCUGCGGAGGACACCAGAGAUACAACUAUCUAGAAUAGAACCCCUGCAGCUCUCUGUCUCUGAAGAGGAGGUUCCCCCUGAGCAGCAGCACUGUGAGCAGGAGUGGAGGCCCAGUCUGGGACAGAAGGACCCAGAGACCAUACAGAUUAAAGAGGAACAGGAGGAAGUCAGGACCAGUCAGGAGGAAGAGCAGCUUCAAGGGGUGGAGCCUGAUAUCAUAGAGUUCAUAUUUACUCCUCCUUGUGUGAAAAGUGAAUGUGAUCUGGAGAACCCAUGUCAAGAAGCCGUACUAGCUGAACACCCGACUCUCAGUCCACUGAAAGUGUCUAAACUACAGUCGUUUCAAGAGUUUUUAAAUCAGCGUUUAACGGCGUUUGCUGCUGUGGAGAUUUCCGGGGCAUUUGCGAAAGCAGUAUCAGAGUACCAGGAGGAGAAUGAUCGGCUUCGGAGACUGCUGCGGAUCACACCAGAGAUACAGCUAUGUAGAAUAGACUCCCUGCAGCUCUCUGAAGAGGAGGUUUCCCCUGAGCAGCAGCACUGUGAGCAGGAGUGGAGCCCCAGUCUGGGGCAGGAGGACCCGGAGCCCACACAGAUUAAAGAGGAACUCGGGACCAAUCAGGAGGAAGAGCAGCUUCAAGGGCUCUUUGAUACCAAAGACUCCAUAUUCACUCCUUCCUGUGUGAAAAGUGAAUGUGAUCAGGAGGACCCACUUCAGUCCUUGACUCUUCCCCAAACCCAGACUGUGGAGAACAGAGAGAGAGUCUCUAAACCAGUGGAUCUCAAGCCUGUGUCCAAGCACAUGAGGAUUCACGCAGGAGAGAAACCAUUUAUCUGUGGUGACUGUGGGAAGAGCUUUAUUCGCAAGGCGCACCUAACCAGGCAUAAACUGACUCACACAGGAGAGAAGCCAUUCACCUGUGGUGACUGUGGGAAAAGCUUUCGUCUCAAAGGGAACCUAACCACUCAUAAACUGACUCACACCAGAGAGAAAUCAUUCACCUGUGGUGACUGUGGGAAAAGCUUUCGUCUCAAAGGGAACCUAACCACUCAUAAACUGACUCACACAGGAGAGAAACCAUUUAGCUGUGGUGACUGUGGGAAAAGCUUCAAUCGUAAGGUGAGCCUAACUGAACAUAAACUGACUCACACAGGAGAGAAACCAUUUAGCUGUGGUGACUGUGGGAAAAGCUUCAUUCGGAAGGUGCAUCUAACUGAACAUCAACUGACUCACACAGGAGAGAAACCAUUCACCUGUGAUGACUGUGGGAAAAGAUUUAUUCAGAAGAGGGACCUGAGGAGACAUAUACUGAUUCACACAGGAGAGAAACCAUUCACCUGUGGUGACUGCGGGAAAAGCUUCAAUCGAAAGGGGCACCUAACCAUGCAUAAACUGACUCACACAGGAGAGAAACCAUUCACCUGUGGUGACUGUGGGAAAAGCUUCAAUCGAAAGGGGCACCUAACCAUGCAUAAACUGACUCACACAGGAGAGAAACCAUUCACCUGUGGUGACUGUGGGAAGAGCUUUAUUCAGAGGAGGGACCUAAGGAGGCAUAUACUGAUUCACACAGGAGAGAAACUAUUUAGCUGUGUUGACUGAAGGAAAAACUUCAAUCAGAAACAACAUGGCUGCUUAGUCUGAUAAUAUAUUAAUUCAGAAGACUAAUCUGCUAACAUGUGAAAAACAUCCACAAAGACUGUAAAUGAGGACACAGAGAGGAGACUACGAGUAUUGAGAUACACCCAAGAUCCCCUGUGGACCAACUCUAACUGGUCCUCCUGAUCCUGCUCAGUCCAAUGUCACAGUAAUUAUAUAAUGGGACUGUUGUCUGAACCUAACAGGUAAUGUUGCUGCUCUCUGUGUAUGAAAUGGACAAUUUGCAGUUCAGACAACCACCACUUUUUAGGUGAACAACUGAGGGAUGAUGUUGGAGAGUUGUGAACACUCAAUGUCGAAGUCCGACAUGGAUACAAGAUGUCCAGAUCAGAUGCAGGAUUCCCAAUAGGCGGCCCGUUGGGGGAUUUAUUUGGCCCCCAAGUUUUCUGAGCAAAACAAGAUAAUAUAUAGAAUUUAAUUUUUUUGGUUCGUUGGAUAUUUAUUUUAUUAAGUGCCAGUAGAAGGCACUCUUUCCUCUGGUUUAAAAACAUAUCCCGAUGCCCCAGGGCAGUGAUUGGGGACACUGCCCUGUGUAGGGUGCCGUCUUUCGGAUGGGACGUUAAACGGGUGUCCUGACUCUGAGGUCAUUAAAGAUCCCAUGGCACUUAUCGUAAGAGUAGGGGUGUUAACCCCGGUGUCCUGGCAAAAUUCCCAAUCUGGCCCUCAAACCAUCACGGUCACCUAAUAAUCCCCAGUUUAUAAUUGACUCAUUCAUCCCCCUCCUCUCCCCUGUAACUAUUCCCCAGGUCAUUGCUGCAAAUGAGAACAUGUUCUCAGUCAACUUACCUGGUAAAAUAACAGAUAAAUAAAAUAAAAAACACAAUUAAUUUAGGGGGAUCUGUUCCCAAGUAUUCCCACGUGUAAAUAGAUUUACAGUACCAGUCAAAAGUUUUAGAACACCUACCUUACAUUGUAGAAUAAUAGUGAAGACAUCAACACUAUGAAAUAAUACAUAUGGAAUCAUGUUAAAGUGUUAAACAAAGCUAAAUAUAUUUGAGAUUCUUCAAUGUAGCCCACCUUUGCCUUGAUGACAGCUUUAAACACAAGGCAUUCUCUCAACCAGCGUCAUGAGUUAGUCACCUGGAAUGCAUUUCAAUUAACAGGGGGAUCUUGUUAAGUUAAUUUGUGGAAUUUCUUUCCUUAAUGCAUUUGAGCCAAUCAGUUGUGUUGUGACAAGGUAGGGGUGGUAUACAGAAUAUUCGGUAAAAUAUCCAUAUUAUGGUAAGAACAGCUUAAAUGAGCAAAGAGACAGUCCAUCAUUACUUUAAGACAUGAAGGUUAGUCAAUCCGACUUUAAAAGUUUCUUCAAGUGAAGUUGCAAAAACCCUCAAGCGCUAUGAUGAAACUGGCUCUCAUGAGGACCACCACUGGAAAGAAAGAUCUAGAGUUACCUCUGCUGCAGAGGACAUGUUCAUUAGAGUUAACUGCACCUCAAAUUGCAGCCCAAAUAAAUGCUUCAGAGUUCAAAGUAACAGACACAUCUCAACAUCAACUGUUCAGAGGAGACCGUGUGAAUCAGGCCUUCAUGGUCGACUUGCUGCAGAGAAACCACUACUAAAGGACACCAAUACGAAGAAGAGACUUGCUUGGGCCAAGAAACACGAGCAAUGGACAUUAGUCCGGUUGGAAUCUGUCCUUUGGUCUGAUGAGUCCAAAUUUGAGAUUUUUGGUUCCAACUGCCGUGUCUUUUUGAGACGCAGAGUAGGUGAACGGAUGAUCUCUGCUUGUGUGGUUCCCACCGUGAAGCAUGGAGGAGGUAGUGUGGGGGGUGCUUUGCUGGUGACACUCAGGGAUUUAUUUAGAAUUUAGGGCACACUUAACCAGCAUGGCUACCAACGCAUUCUGAAGUGAUACACCAUCCCAUCUGGUUUCGCUUAGUGGGACUAUAAUUUGUUUUUCGACAGGACAAUGAUGCAACACACCUCCAGGCUGUGUAAGGUCUAUUUGACCAAGAAUGAGAGUGAUGGAGUGCUGCAUCAGAUGACCUGGCCUCCACAAUCACCCAACCUUAAUCCAAUUGAGAUGGUUUGGGAUGUGUUGGACCACAGAGUAAAGGGAAAGCAGCCAACAAGUGCUCAGCAUAUGUGGGAACUCCUUCAAGACGGUUGGAAAAGCAUUCCAUGUUAAGCUGGUUGAGAGAAUGCCAAGAGUGCAAAGCUGUCUUCAAGGCAAAGGAUGUCUCCUUUGAAGAAUCUAAAAUAUAUUUUGAUUUGUUUAACACUUUUUUGGUUACUACAUGAUUCCAUAUGAGUUAUUUCAUUGUUUUGAUGUCUUCACUAUUAUUCUACAAUGUAGAACAUAGUAAAAUAAAGAAAAACCCUUGAAUGAGUAGGUGUUCUAGAACUUUUGACUGGUUCUGUUUAUGUGAUCAUAUCAACUAGCUCUCUCACGUUAGAAUGUUUCUUAAACGUAAAAUUUGGAAGUUGCUGUGUAUGUAAAAUAUUGACGUGUUUAAGGUUAAGUUUAGGUUAUAAGUGAUGCAUGGUUAAGGUUAGGUAUUAAUGCUGAGUGGUUAAGGUUUGGGAUAGGCUUAAAACAUCACAGAAUUCCAACUUGUAACCUUUGGAAUCAGCGGCAGAUGCCUUCUCCCAUCCGCCAUCCCCGUCCACAACCCAAACCUACUUGAAGGAAACAUUGCUCACUGUUGCCUCUAGUGGCCGGUUUCCACAUCAUCCCGACAUGCAUGGCAGUCGAAUGCUGAUUUGUGUCACGGGUAACCUGGCUGGAUCUUAUCCCCAGUGUUAUCAUGGUUUGAAAUUAUUCUCUUUUUUCCCCAAAUACUAUAUCUGUUCUGUAUUCUUGCGGUCAAUUUGAAGUGUACAAAUGUAUAACUAUGUUCCGUCCCCCUGCUGAUAUGCUUGCUGAGCGGCAAGAAGAUUCCCCAUUAGGGUUGCAAAGCUACUGGUAAUUUACUGAAGUUACUGGAAUCUUCAGUAAUUUUGGUAGUUAACAGAAAAUCUAUGGUAAUCUAUUGUAACUUUGGUAAUUUAAACUUUGCAUUUUGUAUUUAUAUAUAUAUAUAUAUACUGUUCAUUCAUAUCUGUGUCCAUAUUGUUAUGAGUUUCUAGUAGAUCGACCUUAUGGGUCAAGAGGUAAUAGUCCAAUUAAUAAAAUAAAUAAAAAACAUCUUAUCAAAAAUUGCAUUUUUUUUUUCAAUUAACAACUCUUCCAACUAUUGACUGUUCACAACUGUCAUCAGUUUGACGCCAAAACAUUGACAACAAAUACAUAUAUACAUAUUAAAAUAUAUCAAAAUAUAAAGGAUA